AUGUCACCUAAGCGUGUGCCCGCUGAAGAUGUUGACCCUGCGCCCCUAGGGCAGUCGCUCCAGUUCGAGUUUAGCGGCAGGACAGCGCUCAACCGGUUUCUUAAGAGCGCUAUGAGUGAAAAGUUUUUGAGUUGGAAUCCCCGGGAUCUUGAGGAUAGAGGCUUUCCAUCAAGUGGACUGAUAAAUCUUUACAAAAGAUGGGGCGAAGGUGGAUGGGGAGUCCUUCUUACGGGCAAUGUUAUGCUCAAUUAUGACCAUCUCGAGGGUCCAGGCAAUGCCAUUAUCCCCCAUGGAUCUCUUUUCUCCGGGAAACGAUUUGAUGCCUUCAAGGCGCUUGCGCAUGGUGCAAACAAGCACGGAAGUCUCAUUGUGGCCCAACUCGAUGUCCAGCUUGAGGGCCGGACUCUUGGUUCACUAUUUGCAAAGCCACGCGCAAUGAUGAAAAAGGACUUCGAAGACGUGAUAGAAAGUUUUGCCCAUGCUGCAGAGUAUUGCUACCAAGCUGGAUUCGAUGGCAUUCGACUCAACGCCGCUCACGGCUAUCUCCUAACUCAAUUCUUGUCCCCGACGACCAAUCUGCGAACCGACCAAUACGGUGGUUCAAUUGAGAGCCGCAGUCGUAUUAUCUUCGAAAUCACAGAUGCCAGUAUUGCUGCUGGGAUACAGAUGCGGCUCGUCGAAAAUGAUAAGCAUCCCUUGGACUUAAGCCAGGAGAAGGAUAUGGAUGUGUUUAUGACUACAUUACAGAGGCUUUUGGGUGAAAUGUCGCAGAAUGCAGACGGCUCCAAGUACGGCUUCGCGGACAUUGUGGAUUUCCCCCUGAAUCCCUUUGGAAGUCCCUACUCGGAACAGUGUGAUUGA